AUGGAGAUCAGACAUAUAGUUCUUCUGAACUAUGGAGAUGCUGGAAGAAUCAACCAGCAUGUGUUGUGCAAUGGCUGCCUUGUAUUCAAUUCUCCCUGGAGUGAUUCAUCUCCAGAAACCAAGGUGGAGAGGGACGGUGAUAAACUAACCAUUGAGUCAAAGGAAAUAGUUCUUAGGAUCAUCGGUCGAAAAAUCGUUUACUUAGAGGCCGUCUACUCAAUAGACAGUAAAGUUGAAUUUAUGGAGCUCACCCCUUCCCCAUAUCCAUAUGAUUUCUUCUUGAUGAAGAGGCACUUUCUCUCGAGGCUGAAGGGAACGCCUUCCUGCUCUAUAGACAAAGAAACAGUGCACCUGAGCAAAAGAAGGAUAGGAUGCUUUAUCAUACCUGUAUUCUUGUAUUUGUUAAGAAGGACUGUUAAGGAUUUUCUUGUCGGACUUCCCCAGCACAUAGUUGAUUACAUAGUGAGUUGCCCAGCUGAGAAGGGGCAGGCUGUAACCAUAAAGACAACUCUGGGCACUUACGUAAGAUUCUUUUGUUCUAUGCAGGGUGUGUUUUUAAGACUAGGGGUUCCAGUUGUAUUUAUUGACGAGGUUUUUCUUAUUCCAACCAUUGCAUAUCUGCAUGCCUUUUCGCAUGUAUGCUCUUUCUUAGUAAGCUUGCUAAUAGAAUCUGUCCAUCUGCUGAACAACAGUAGCUACAAUCCCCUAAAAAGGCGAAGAGACACCAUGAUCCUUAAUACAGAUCAAAUAUUCAUGUCUGCAUUGAUUUUUUCAUUUGUCCUGCUAAUCAUGUUCAACAUUGUGCACUUCUACAUUCUUUGUAGCUUCAUGAGACUAUGCCUAGCCGGCCUGAGGUUUACUAGGAACUUCAUAGACUUUGUAUUGAUGGACUUCUCCAAGUGCCGUACAUACGACCUUUCAAUUGAUUACGAUAAGGCCCCCGCAAUUAAGCUCAGGUAUACCAAGGUUUCUAUCUACGAUAGAAUCAAGCUCGCAGUGCAGGCAAGCUUCUUGUCUUUGGGAUUAUUCAAAGAUAGCAUCCUAGUUAGGUUUUUAGCUGAAAUAAAGUAA